AAAAGGUAUCAACAUUAGGUGGAGAAGAAAAUGGUAGUGGAAAUGGUAAAGAGUCAAAUAUAAUUAUAUCAGGUGAAGGAAGUGGAUCAGGUGGAGGAGAAUCUUCUGAAGAAGAAGAUGCAGUCGAACUGGUUCAUGUUGAUGAAGACUUUUAUUACAUGGAGCAUGUUAUGCGACUGGCGGCUCUACUUCAUUCGCUUGUAUCCCUCUGCAUGCUGAUAGCUUAUUAUCAUUUAAAGGUACCUUUGGCAAUAUUUAAAAGAGAAAAAGAAAUAGCUAGACGACUGGAAUUCGAAGGAUUAUACAUUGCGGAACAACCAGAAGACGACGACUUAAAAUCGCAUUGGGAUAAACUUGUAAUAUCAGCAAAGUCUUUCCCUGUUAAUUACUGGGAUAAGUUUGUAAAGAAAAAGGUGCGACAAAAAUACAGCGAAACUUACGAUUUCGAAUCAAUAAGCAAUCUUCUAGGUAUGGAGAAGACUUCAUUCAUGGCUCAGGAUACUGAAGAAGGAAAUAACAGCAUUUUCUAUUACAUAAUGAAUAUCGACUGGCGUUAUCAAAUUUGGAAAGGUGGUGUGACAAUCACCGAUAACUCUUUCCUUUAUUCAUUGUGGUACUUCACGUUUUCGAUACUCGGUAACUUCAAUUUGUUCUUUUUCGCUGCUCACCUAUUGGAUGUAGCUGUUGGUUUUAAAACUCUGAGAACGAUCCUGCAGUCCGUAACGCACAAUGGCAAACAGUUAGUAUUAACGGUGAUGCUAUUAACAAUCAUUGUCUACAUCUACACGGUGAUAGCUUUCAACUUCUUCAGGAAAUUCUACGUUCAGGAAGAGGACGAAGAGGUUGACAAAAAAUGUCACGACAUGCUUACGUGUUUUGUCUUCCAUCUUUAUAAAGGCGUAAGAGCUGGAGGUGGCAUUGGUGAUGAAAUUGAACCACCGGACGGUGACGACUAUGAAGUUUGGCGUAUCCUAUUUGAUAUCACUUUCUUUUUCUUUGUUAUCGUCAUUUUACUGGCUAUUAUUCAAGGUUUGAUCAUUGAUGCCUUUGGUGAGCUUCGUGAUCAACUGGAAAGCGUAAAGGAAGAUAUGGAAUCGAACUGUUUUAUUUGUGGCAUAGGAAAAGAUUAUUUUGAUAAAGUUCCCCAUGGAUUUGAUACACAUGUACAACAAGAGCACAAUUUGGCGAAUUAUAUGUUCUUCCUUAUGCACUUAAUUAAUAAACCGGAUACGGAAUAUACCGGUCAAGAAACUUACGUUUGGAAUAUGUACCAACAACGUUGUUGGGACUUCUUCCCUGUAGGAGAUUGCUUCCGUAAACAAUACGAAGAUGAACUAGGCGGAGGAGGUGGUUAAAAUACAAUCCACAUAUAUUAAUUAAAACGAACGUUUUUAAUGUGAGAAUAUCCCACACACAAUACUAGGUAAUUUUUAAAAUAUUUUACAGUUAAGAUUUUAAUUGGUUAUUCCCUAUGCAUAAUUAAUUAAAAGAGGUUUGCCAUAAACUAUUCAUUAAUACUGGAAUUUUGUCUAGUUGAUUAUUUCUUUAAAAAAUAAAAAUUAA